GAGUAACUGUUUGUUCUUCAGAGGUGAAUAACUACCUUCCAUCAACCCAUAACUUACCUAAUAAAUUUAGGUAUAAAUCCAUCGUAUAGCUGCUGUACCGUUAACUCGACUAUUGCAGUUGUCCACAUCAUCGAUUAUCGAAGUCGAAAUCAUUGAGUGUGAAUUUUGGAAGAUUCGAAGCCAAGCAUAGCGAAGCUAAGCUCUUUUUUAGUUUGUAGAAUAUAUAUAUAUAUUACUAAUCAAAUCAAAUAAUCAAUAUCUAACAAAGUUCAAAGGUUUUUAUAAAGUCUUUCAUUAUGGUAGCAGCUACAAGUACACUUGCAGCAUCAUCAAAUGCAUCAUCAACCAAAAAUUUAUUAGAUGAUGAUGUAGUACCAUUUACUGGACCAAAUUUGAAUGUAACAUUAACAUGUCCUGAAUGUAAAAUAUUUCCACCAGAUUUAAUUGAAAGAUUUAGUGAAGGAGAUAUUGUUUGUGGUAGUUGUGGAUUAGUUCUUAGUGAUAGAGUUGUUGAUACAAGAUCUGAAUGGAGAACUUUUAGUAAUGAUGAUCAAAAUGGGGAUGAUCCAAGUCGUGUAGGUGAUGCAGGUAAUCCAUUAUUUGAUACAGAAGAUUUAUCAACUGCUAUUUCUUAUGCUCCAGAAGCUGGUAGAACUGGUCGAGAUUUAAAUCGAGCACAAUCUAAAUCAUUAGUUGAUAAAAAAGAUAAUGCAUUAGCAGCAGCUUAUGCAAAAAUUUCUCAAAUGUGUGAUGGUUAUCAAUUACCAAAGAUUGUUCAAGAUGGUGCAAAAGAAGUUUAUAAAUUAGUUUAUGAUGAAAAAAGAUUAAGAGGUAAAUCUCAAGAAUCUAUUAUGGCAGCUUCAAUUUUUAUUGGAUGUCGUAAAGCUAAAGUUGCUCGUUCAUUUAAAGAAAUUUGGGCUUUAACUAAUGUUCCUCGUAAAGAAAUUGGUAAAGUAUUUAAAAUUAUGAAUACACUCAUUCAAGAAAAGAAUGCAUCUAAUCCAAAUGCUUCAUACUUUAUUCCUGAUAAUGAACAAACUACUCAAACUUCUGCAGAAGAUUUAAUUAGAAGAAAUUGUUCACAUUUAGGUUUAAAUACUCAAGUUACGAAUGCCGCAGAAUAUAUUGCAAGACGUUGUAAAGAAGUUGGAGUUUUAGCUGGUAGAUCUCCAACAACUAUUGCUGCCACUGUGAUUUAUAUGGCAGCUUUAGUAUUUGGUAUUGAUUUACAACCAUCAAAUAUUAGUGAUAAAACUGGUGUAAGUGAUGGUACCAUUAAAACUUCUUAUAAAGUUAUGUAUGAAGAAAAGGAAAAAUUGAUUGAUCCUUAUUGGAUUGAAACAGGUAAGGUCAAAUUGGAGAAUAUUCCAAAGAGUUAGAGAUUGAGUUAAUUUUGAGUUAAUUAAAUUAAAUUAAGAAAAAAAAAGCAAGCAAACAAACAAACAUUAUAUUGGGUAUGAAUCAUUUAUUAGAUUGGGUUUUAAUGGUUUGUUAAAUUGUUUGUUUAUUACUACUAUAUCUGUUAGUAUAAUUUGUAUUAUUUUUUUUUACAGUAUUGAUAUUAUUCUAUAAGUGUUUUAUAGUGUUUAAUACAAUAGAUGUAUAUGUUAAAAA